GCCGGCCGCGGCCCCUCUUAGGCGGCGCGGGGGGCGCUGCGCCCGUGUCCCCUCCUCCCCGCCCUGUGCCGGUGGGAACGGGCCUUGUAGGGUGCCCGCCCCGCCCCCCUCCCCCCGCUCGGCCCUGCCGCCGCCCGGAGCGCAGCGAGCCCUGCCGCCUGCACCGCCACCGGCACGGACGGGGCAGGGCCGGGGCUGCCCGCUGAGGUCUGCGGGUGUGAGAAGGGAAGAGCGGCAGUAAUCCAGAGGUAUUGCCGAAAGCCGUCCGUAAUCCCCGCGGGUUCCCGGUCGCCGUGCUCGGAUUAUGCAAGAGAGUCUGCAGCAAUCAAAAGGAGUCACACUGAGCUCAAGUUCAGAAGUGCUUUACACAUGAAAUCUGCUGGCUCUCUAGCUGAGUCUGCCCUGUCACCAUCUCAACAGAAUUGGAUUUACAGUCAUGGAGGAACAUCAGCAACAUUUGCACUGUGUGAACUGUGUCAGCCGUCGUUGUAUGACCAGACCAGAACCUGGCAUUUCAUGUGAUUUGAUAGGCUGUCCACUGGUUUGUGGAGCAGUUUUUCACUCAUGUAAAGCUGAGGAACAUCGCAUUUUAUGUCCACUUGAAAGAGUGCCUUGUUUGAACAGUGGCUUUGGAUGUCCCUUCGUAGUAGCCCGUAAUAAAAUUGCUGAUCAUCUGGAAGUUUGUCCUGCAAGUGUGGUAUGUUGCACCAUGGAGUGGAACAGAUGGCCUGUCAGUUAUGCAGACCGGAAAUCUUACGAAAAUCUGAGUAAAGAUGUUGAUGAAGUGGAGCAGCUAGACAUGGCUUUGGCCCUUCAAGACCAGCGCAUGUUACUAGAGUCACUUAAGGUAGCAACUAUGAUGUCAAAAGCAGCUGAUCAAAUGUCAGAAUCCAGAGAACAAACAUCUGUCAAAACAAAUGCUCCAGAUACAGUGUGCUCCAAUGGUUUGAUACCUGUAGAUGAAGAGUCCUAUGGAGCACUUUAUCAAGCUACUGUAGAAACAACAAGGAGUUUAGCUGCUGCUCUGGAUAUCCUGAACACUGCUACUAGGGACAUAAGUAUGUUAAACUCAAGGCUUUGCACUUCACCACAGGAGAUGAAAGAAGAUACUGAGAUUAAGGAACAAGUUUCAAAUGGCAUUAUUCAGGAUAGUAAGCCUGAUUGUGAAUAUCCAAAUGAAGAAAAUAUUGGAGCAGUUGGGGGAAUUAACUUUGAUAGCCUGCAUCAAAAUUCACAAAUGGAACAAAAUGGCUCUAGUGAUAUUUGUUAUGAUGCAAUACAAAAUCAUGACUUAAAUCUAAACCUUAAUAACUCCUCACUCUUGUGUAAUGGUUUUCAUGUAGAAAAUGAGUGUUCAAAGGUGUUGGACCAGAAUGAAGAUCUUGGUGUAUCUAAUUCAAAAUCAUCCAGUGUAGCAAAUGGUGAAUGUACUGCGUCUCAUGAUGAUGAAGCAUUACAGUCUUGCAGCUUCUUCCCUGUAACAUCACAACUUAAAGAAGUAAUACCAUCUGAUCACUUAGUUAAUGGCAAUGUUAACCACAUGCUGCUUCCCCAUAAUACUAAUGAAGAGGAAAUUUUAGAGAGGCAAGUGGAGCAGGAAAGACUGAGAAAUGUAGAUGUGUUUUCAAUUAUGCGGCAUCGAUCAUACAAAUUCCUUUGGUCAGCACCAAAAGAAGACAAAGCUGUUGAUACAUCAGAUUUGGAGAUAACAGAAGAUCCUAUGGGUCUUCAGGGAAUUGAUCUAAUCACUGCAGCUCUGUUGUUUUGCCUAGGAGACUCUCCUGGAGGUAGGGGAAUAUCAGAAAGUCGCACUGUCGAUGUGUAUCGUGUUGACUUUGGGACCCAAACGUUUUCUCUCCCGUCAGCUAUAUUGGCCACAAAUACGAUGGUGGGGGAAAUAGCCUCAGCAUCUGCGUGUGAUCAUGCCAACCCACAGCUUUCAAAUCCAAGUCCAUUUCAGACCCUUGGACUGGAUUUGGUAUUGGAAUAUGUGGCUAGAUACCAAACAAAACAGCGUUCAAUGUUUACAUUUGUUUGUGGACAGUUAUUUAGGAGGAAUGAAUUUUCUUCUCAUUUUAAGAAUGUGCAUGGUGAUAUUCAUGCUGGCCUUAAUGGCUGGAUGGAGCAGAGGUGUCCCUUGGCAUAUUAUGGGUGUACAUAUUCUCAGCGAAGGUUUUGUCCUUCAACACAAGGGGCAAAAAUUAUUCAUGACCGCCACUUACGGUCAUUUGGUGUUCAGCCUAGUAUAUCUACAGUAUUAGUAGAACCAGCAAAAAGCUGCUUAAUUGGACUACACAAUGACCAUUUGAGUAGUUUACCUUUUGAGGUUUUGCAACACAUUGCUAGUUUUCUAGAUGGCUUUAGUUUAUGUCAACUUUCAAGAGUGUCACGUUUAAUGAGAGAUGUGUGUGGAAGCUUGCUUCAAGCACGUGGAAUGGUGAUACUGCUUUGGGAGAAGAGGAAGUACCCAGAUGGAAGUUCUUCUUGGCAAAUAAAAGAAAAGGUUUGGCGGUUCAGUACAGCCUUCUGUACUGUGAAUGAGUGGAAGUUUGCUGACAUCGUAAGCAUGGCUGAUCACCUGAAGAAAUGUAGCUAUAAUGCUGUAGAGAGAAGAGAAGAGGCUGUUCCACUGCCAUGUAUGUGUGUAACACGAGAACUCACUAAAGAAGGACGUUCACUGCGUUCUGUUUUGAAACCUGUACUUUAAAUAUUGCAGCCACUCCAAUUGCACAUACACUCAAGCACCUGAUAUAACCUCGGUAAUAUUAUGUGACACUUUAUUAAUGUACUAAAGAUACUUUCUAGCUAAAUCUACUCUGUCACUGUGUAUAUAAGGUUUGAAGUGACAUUUAUUUUUUAUAAUACUGUUUAGCUGGAAAGUAAUGAAAGUUGCCUUAACGUUUGAAAAAUUUGGAACUUGCUGGACAGGGUAGUUUUAUCUAACUUAUGUAAUUUAAAAAAGGAAUCCUAAGGUGUGUUUUUUUUAAAUUCAUUGGUGCCCAUGUUGCUGUUGACUGAAGACAUUUCAAAUGGCCUCUAAAUGGUAUGCACGUUUAGAUGGGAAACACUGAAUCGUACUGAGACAAAAUGCUGACCAAGUGCACUUUCUGCAUUUGGUCUAUUUUUCUUAACAAAUUAUAAUCCGAAUAUUUGAAAGAUGAGGAAGAAUUCAAAACGUCAUGGUAAAUAUCUCAAACACUCAGCUUUGAAGCACAUCUUUAGCUAUGAAAUCAGUGUUCUACUGCUUUUCCUAAUUAACAGGUGACCUAGGAUAAGCUUUUUAAAAUUUCUUUAAGGAACGAUCUAAGUGAGCUCAGAUUUACAGCAGCUUAAUUUUUAGUACAACUUUAUUUUGACAUGUCAAAAAUGAUUACUUUUCUUCUGAGCUAUUAACAGCUACAUCACUCACGGGAGCAAAACUUUUGGAGCUAAAAACAUGGAAUGCUAGUUUUUAUUCUCGCACCUACAAUGACAUCUGAUAUAAAAUGUUUCUCCUUGUCCUGCAAUUGGCUGAGGGUUAAAUUGCUUGAGCAGUCAGAAAUUCAAAGUAUGUGAUGAACAUUUAUGAACUUAUAAUGCAGCUAAUGAAAGGGCUUUUCUUGUUUUAUGGUAUUGUGAGAUGUAUUGUCUCCUUUUCUGUUAAUUUGUCUAGAAAAAUGCUGCUUUUUUUUUUUUUUUGAGGAGCAUUUUAAAUUACUGGUAUGUAUAUCAAAUGUAUCAUCUUCAUAAGAUGAGACAUGAUUUGUUAAUUGCAUAAAGCAUAUCAGAAAUGUCUAUUCAACCACAUCUGUUAAAUGAACAACUCCAGCUUGUAUCCAGUCUUCCAUAAUAAAAGAUCUUGCAAGGCAUUUGUGAAUAGGGAAUACAUGCUAUGAAAAAUGCCCUGGUAUAGCAAAACAGUAAUUACUUGAACUGACUUUCCAAUUUGUUUGUAUUAAUGUUGGUGUCUCUAGCUUGUUGCACUUAGCAACUGUGCCACAAAGCUAAAACAGAAACAGACCAGAGUUUAGAACAAAGAAAUACAGUACGUAUUUCCAUUAUAGGAAAAAAAAAAGAGAUUAGUAAGGAGGAGAUGUUUACAAAAAUGGCUAAAUUUAUUACUUGUAAAUUCUGUACUGGACAGUUGUUUAUGGCUAGUCUGGCUGCAGUCCACAACUUUGGUAUCUGUGCAUUUCCCAUUCUGGGUCUGAUCCAGCUAAACAUUCACUGCCUUCUGCCUUUUUCAAUCCAGAAUUCUAAGGGUGCCCAGGAAGAAAAAAAAAAAAAAAAAAAAAAA